AGAGAAAAAUAAAAACGUUAGGGCUUCUGAUCUGCAAAAAGAGGGGAAAUGGAAUCGAAAAUUGAUGUUACGGAGAAAAAGGAAGGAGAGAGCAAUAACAGCAGCAAAGAUUUGAUCAAUAAUAAUAUUAACAACGAAUUGAUAGAUUCCGAUAGUAAAGAAGCUGAAGAACGCCAAGCCCGUGAGCUCAAAGCCGGUUUGCAUCCUCUGAAGCACAAGUUUGCGUUCUGGUACACUCGUCGGACGCCUGGAGUUCGAACCCAAACAGCUUAUGAGGACAAUAUAAAGAAAAUUGUGGAUUUCAGUACAGUUGAAGGCUUUUGGGUCUGUUAUUGCCACUUGGCCCGUCCCUCUACUUUGCCAAGCCCCACAGAUUUGCAUUUAUUCAAGGAGGGAAUCCGUCCACUAUGGGAGGACUCUGCAAACUGCAAUGGUGGCAAGUGGAUAAUUCGGUUCAAAAAGGUUGUUUCAGGUCGCUUUUGGGAAGAUCUGGUUCUUGCCCUGGUUGGUGAUCAACUUGAUUAUGGAGAUAAUGUUUGUGGUGCAGUGCUGAGCAUUCGCUUCAACGAGGAUAUAUUGAGUGUAUGGAAUCGUAAUGCGUCAGAUCAUCAGGCUGUCAUGGCCCUAAGAGACUCGAUCAAACGUCACUUAAAGCUUCCGCACAGCUAUGUAAUGGAGUACAAGCCCCACGAUGCUUCUUUGCGUGACAACUCGUCAUAUCGAAACACGUGGUUGAGAGGUUAGACGGGCACUUGAAAAAGGAAAACAGUUAGACCGUCGAACGUCUCAGCUUCUUUCGAUGUUCCUUCACUAAUCCUUUGUUUUGACAUAAGAACCAUUGUUGAAUAUCAUGGUUGUGAGAAACCUUUUAAGUUGAACUAUCAAAUGAUAUCGUUUAGACGAAAUCGAUGUUUGUUUUAUGGAUAUGUUUAUAUUCCUUCA